CAUUUUUUUGCUUUGUAGCCUCAAUGGAUGGCACCAGAAGUUCUUCGUAACGAACCCUCAAAUGAAAAGUCCGACGUAUACAGUUUUGGAGUCAUAUUGUGGGAACUUGCAACAGAAAAAAUUCCUUGGGAUACUCUCAAUGCAAUGCAGGUUAUUGGAGCUGUGGGGUUUAUGAACCAUCGGCUAGAAAUUCUAGAAGAUGUUGAUCCACAGUGGACUUCUAUAAUCGAGAGUUGUUGGCAUACUGAUCCGGCUAGCCGACCAACAUUCCAGGAACUGCUGGAAAGGCUUAAAGAGCUGCAAAGACGGUAUACGAUUCAGUUUCAAGCAGCCAGAUCUGGUGGUGGUGAAGUCACUCAAAAGGAAUCCUAGCCGAACUAGUGAACCAUCUUUUGAUUUUUGUCAGUCGUGGCUGCUGAUGCCAAAGGAUUAUUUUGCACAUAUCUUACAAAAACAUUCCUUAUGAGUAGAUGAGUUGGUACAGACAGUUGGUCUUGGAGCUCCAUAGCAUUAAUCUUGCGAAACUAUUCAAGUUAUUGUGUGUUUACCAUUGAAGAUCUUGAACUUAAUAGUGAUGCUGCUGUGUGUUGAGUCUUGUGAAUGAGUUUCUAUCAUUAUCAUCACUGUAAUAUGAUUUUAUAUGGAAAAUGUUUGUACCACUUUUAAUUGUACAGAAGGUAGAAAAAGGGAAGAAAACUGAAGAGGUUUCAUUUUACUGCAUAGAACUGGCACUUUUUAGUUGCAUUAUCCUUGUUGAUUAUCUACAAUUUUACUUGAAAUGGUUUGUGAA